AUGAGGCUAACAACUUGUUAUAGAUGUUAUAGUUAUUCUAAUACGAAGUUCAUCACAGAGUUAGAAAAUAAUUAUAUACCCCAUACAAGUUUUCAAAAAACUCUAUUAGGGUUCGGUAGUGCUUUAGUUGCACUUGUUGAUCCGCAUAGAGCUGAUAUGAUAUCAUGCAUGGGUGAAGUAACAGGUGGUCAGGCAAUUAAAUACAUGAGACAGAAAAUGCUUGGAACCAGUGAGGGUGCCGAAAUAUUACGUGAUAUGCCUCGUAUAAAUUCAACAACAGUUUGUUUUAAAACACUGUCACAAAUGCCCCAAAAUAGUCUAGGACGAGUAUAUGCAAACUUUAUGGUAGAAAACAAAAUAACUGCUGACUCAAGAUUACCUGUACAUUUUAUUAAUGAUCCAGAAAUGGCAUACGUAAUACAAAGAUAUAGAGAAGUUCACGAUUUAGUACAUGCAACUUUAUUUAUGAAAACAAACAUGUUGGGUGAAGUAACUGUUAAGUGGGUAGAAGGCAUUCAAACUAAGCUGCCAAUGUGUAUAGGUGGUGGCAUAUGGGGGGCAGCAAGACUUAAAACAAAACAUAGACAGUUAUACUUGAAGGAAUAUUUGCCAUGGGCUAUUAAAAUAGGAAAUGAAGCAAAAUUUAUGCAAGGUAUCUACUUUGAGAAGAGAUGGGAUCAAGACAUUAACGACUUUCACAAAGAAAUGAAUAUAACCAAAUUGAGAGAAGUUUAA